AUGGACCAAAAAAAAAAUGACAACCCCCCAGGGUGCAAGAAAGACGGUACACUAGAAAUAAAAAAAGAUGACCAUGUAGAAAUUCUUAAAAAUUUAAACUCGACCAUUAAAGAGUUUCAAAAAAAUUUUGGACUACUAAACAAUCAUUAUUCGAUAAAAGAUUUGGAAGGUGUGUUAAACCCUGUGCAGUAUGCUGAAUACAAUUCAUUUCUUGCCUACUCCAUUUGUUCUAUUUUUCAUUCCUAUUUGAAAAUAUCGGGCGACUUUCUCAGCAACCAUCCCAUUAAAAAUGAAUUAAAAAAGGUACAAUUAUUGAUGAAAGAAAUAAAGGAUAAAAACGAAGAAAAUAAUGAAGAUAAAAGAUCCCUCACAAUUAAUAAGGAAGCCUCGAAAAGGAUAAUCGAUUCGUGCAUUUCGUACAAUAAAGAUUUAAAAAAAAGAAAACAUUUUAAAUGAACGCAAUUGUGAACUUUCUUCCUCUUUUUUUAAGGGGAAAGUUUUCACCUGCACCGCGGACAUAUUUUUGAGUGCCACUCAUUGGGGAAAAUAAAAAAAAAAUAGCGGUUCAACGAGGCAAAUGCGCAACUGGUUAUUAACAGUUAGCAAAAAGAGCGAGCGCCUUACGGAUAAUUUUUUUUAUUUUGCGCAGAGCUGGUGGCUUUCUAUUUUUCAAAGGCCAUUUGUGUCGCACGUUCGGCGGUGUGCUCAUUCGUUCGUUCGUUCGUUCGUUAUUUUUCACCCAUUUGGAAAUAAUAUUAGAGUCGUAAAUUUUCCAAUUGGGGGGCACUUUCGCUUGCUCCGUUGUUUGCUUCGUUGUUUGCUUCAUUGUUUGCCUCAUUGUUUGCCUCAUUGUUUGCCUCAUUGUUUGCUUUUUUGUUUUCCUUUCCCCUUCCCUCCCUUUUUUUGGUAUUUCCGCACAUUUUAAGAAGACACCUAUUUGAGAACGCCAUUUUGAGAAAACAAAAAUUUCUCCCCUUAUGCAAAUUCGAACUCUGCGCACUUUCACGACGUACGCUUUCC